CUAAACAUUCUUCUUUACAAACUUUAUUUAUUUGUUUCAUGAAAAUCCACGUUCCACUAUUUUGAAUAUAGUCUCAUAUUUUAAUUCCCACAAUUAUGAAACCCCUAAAACCUCAAAAAUCUCUAAAACUAUUUUUUUCCAAAACACGUCAGGUGAAAUGAAUGAAAAGCUAGUAGACGAUUACAUCGAAGCGUCACACAUCCAUCCGUGCCGUUCCCACGACGGGGACGUCAAGUUCCCUAGCGGCUAAGUCAACCGGACGAAGGUGCACCGCUCGUUCUACAGAGGAGCACCAAUUUACGGCCAAUACAAUUGUCGGUAGUGUCGGCAGAUCGAAACCGUCUGUCUUCGUAACGCAUGCGACUCUUCCAGGAAAUGGUCGGUGAGACGUUUUGCGCCGACCCAGGACUCCUCGAGAGACUGUUGACCGAUUUGUUAAGAAAAGUCUGAAGCUUACUUGUCCAUUCGGCAAUCAAUCCACCGAGAGUUCCUUCUUCCUUAAGAAAGUAAAGUCGACACUACUCUGUGAAGCAAUUCUCGUGAGGUUGUUUUGAAGUUGGAGUAUCUGUUGGCCUUUUAGUCUUGUGGUUUACAUGUGAAUUUGUGAGACUUCGUGAAAGCUCGUUGGUGAUGACAGUGUGGAACCUUUUUCCGUGCAAGCAGUUUCGGUUUUCCGCUUCUAAGGAGCAGAUCGGCUUCUUACGUUUCUUGAAUUUCGGGACUCGGUCUAGUUUCAUAAACAAAGUCGUUGCGUUUCGUUUCUAGAUGAAGCUCAAACUGGGAAGUCGAAUUUCUCGGAGCAGUUCUCAACGUGGUUGUUUUCAGCGGAUGGACGAUCCUUCUUUCCUUCUGAAGGAGCUCACAGCCAUGUUUAGUGCUAUCGAUGCGGAUGGGAAUGGGAUGAUAUCCAGAUCUGAGAUUGGAGCUGUCCUUCGUUCCCUGGGAACUGACCCAAAAGACUUCAAGGUUGAUGAAGUGAACGAGAGGAUAGGCGGAAGUAAUGGUUGCAUCACCCUUCAACAAUUCAUCAGCUUCAAUGAGGAAAGCACCUACAGCACGUCGAGCUCGUCGGUAAGUGACGCGGACGAAAGCUGUGAUCCUGACUUGGAAGUGUUGAAAUCUGCUUUCGAUGUUUCUGACGUCGACAAGGUCGGCUUCAUUUCCGCCAAAGAAUUGCAAAGAGUUACGCAAACUCUAGGGGGAAAGCAUGCCUCACUGGACGAAUGCCGACAUAUGAUUAGUUGCGUGGACAAAGACGGCAACCAGAUGGUAGAUUUCAGUGAGUUCCGAUGCUUUAUGUCAGGCGCUUCGGCGCUGCCUUUAAAAUCAAAGCGAAGGAAAUUCGCUGGAUUUUAGGGUUUAUUGAUGCCUUAGCUUAUGUCUCAAACUGCCCAGGUUCUAUCCUCUUUGUAAGGUUUUCCCUGGAAGAAUUGUAAAGCAUGUAUACGAAAUAGGUCAAAUCUAGAUAUGAAGAGCAAGGGGAGGGCCGUCAUUGAGUUGGAGCACGUCACAUUUGGUGAAGAUUCCUGAAGAUUCACAUCACUUCUCUUUCAAUCGGCGAUACUGCAAGGUAGUAUCGAUACGACUGUACAUUCCAAAAUGCCGAAGUAACUUCUUCAAGGCAAUGUAGAAAUAUGAUUCAAAGA